GAGCGCAUCUGCCCCUGAGUUUUAAUCAUCUCUCGACAACAGAUGGCAUUUAGGGGCCGUGGAAGAGGAAGGGGAUAUGGAGGAGGACGUGGUUUCUUUGGGCAUAUUAAGCAGGAGCCAGUUAUACUUUUCCCUGAAAAAGAGUUACCUGAUAUCAAAGGUGUGCCAGAGGAGAAGACCUUAAUCAUUGCAAAUGCAAAGCUGCAAAAUUAUUGGAAGUCCUCUCCUUACAAUCUCGAAGAGACUGCAUCAAAGAAAAAUGAAAGCAUGGACAUUGAAAGAUUUUCAGACUGUGGGAAGCCAAAGACUUUAUCAAGACGCAAUAAUCUUGACCAAUUUCUACAGCUCAGAUCUGACAAUUUUCCUAAAGAACUCCUUAGAGAUUCAAGGAGGGUGCCAAGAAACCCCAAAAGGGUACGUUGGAAUCCAGACUCAGACUUUCAGAAAUUAAAUGUUCUGGAAGACCUUGAAAAGAAAUUUGAGGAUAAAGAGAAAGAUGGAGGAGAUAAGAGAGGAGGGGAAGAUGAGGAUGAAGAAGAUGAAGAAGGAGAAAAGACUGAUGAAGAGUUCAGUGAUGAUGGAGAUUAUAAUCAGAACCGUGAUUUUGAUGACGAUGAAGAUGAUUAUAACGCAGAAGAUGGCAAUGAUGAUGAACCAGUAUAUUAGUUCUUGGAAGAAAGCCUUGGACAUCGCACUGUUCUUGUUUUUGGGGCAAACAAGAUAGGAAAGUAGUACCUUUCUUUGGAGUAGGAGGUUACAAUAUGGCAUGGUGCUCAUAGGCAAGCGUAAUUAUCAUACUCUUUUGGUACAUUAUUCAUAUAAUGAUCCAUCCAGUCGCUGCAACCGAUGAAAAUAAAAAAUUUUGGUUUUCAGAAGUCGCAAAAACUGUUGUGGUUUUUUUAUAUUUUUGCCCCUUUUUUUUUUGUUUUUGAAAAUAGACCAUGAUACUAAAGGGGUUUAAAUGUAUGAGUUCCGUGCCUUUUAGUUCAUAAAUUGAAAUGGUGAAA